UGUGGCCACCGCAGCCUAUCUAGCCAGCAGUCACAUCCAGUCGGCAGCCAGUAUGGCCGAUCGUGCGGCUCUGGAGGAUCUGGUGCGAGUUCAGGGAGAGCGUGUGCGGGGCCUUAAGCAGCAGAAGGCCAGCGCCGAGCAGAUCGAAGAGGAGGUGGCAAAACUACUGAAACUGAAGGCACAGCUGGGCCCUGAUGAAGGAAAACCGAAGUUUGUGCUCAAAACCCCCAAGACUGUAUUGUUCUUUGUUUUUAAACCGCAUCCUUGGUUCUCUGGCUGAUUUUGACUCCAAGGGCACAAGAGAUUAUAGUCCCCGGCAGAUGGCAGUUCGGGAGAAGGUGUUUGAUGUAAUCAUCAGCUGCUUCAAGCGCCAUGGUGCAGAAGUGAUUGAUACACCUGUAUUUGAACUCAAGGAAACACUGACUGGAAAGUAUGGAGAAGACUCUAAGCUUAUCUAUGACCUGAAGGACCAGGGUGGGGAGCUGCUGUCUCUUCGAUAUGACCUCACUGUUCCUUUUGCUCGAUACUUGGCAAUGAAUAAACUGACCAACAUUAAACGCUACCACAUAGCAAAAGUAUAUCGGCGGGAUAACCCAGCCAUGACCCGAGGCCGAUAUCGGGAAUUCUACCAAUGUGAUUUUGACAUUGCUGGGCAAUUUGACCCCAUGAUUCCUGAUGCAGAGUGCCUGAAGAUCAUGUGUGAGAUCCUGAGUUCACUCCAGAUCGGCGACUUCCUGGUCAAGGUGAAUGAUCGGCGCAUCUUAGAUGGAAUGUUUGCCAUCUGUGGUGUUCCAGACAGCAAGUUCCGCACCAUCUGCUCCUCAGUGGACAAGCUGGACAAGGUGUCCUGGGAGGAAGUAAAGAAUGAGAUGGUAGUAGAGAAGGGCCUGGCACCUGAGGUGGCUGACCGCAUUGGGGACUACGUCCAGCAGCAUGGUGGAGUAUCCCUGGUGGAACAGCUGCUUCAGGAUCCUAAACUGUCCCAGAACAAGCAGGCCUUGGAGGGCCUGGGAGACCUGAAGCUGCUAUUUGAGUAUCUGACUUUGUUUGGCAUUGCUGACAAGAUCUCCUUUGACCUGAGCCUUGCUCGAGGACUGGACUACUAUACCGGCGUGAUCUAUGAGGCGGUGCUGCUACAGCCCCCAGCCCGAGCAGGGGAAGAACCCCUGGGUGUGGGCAGCGUGGCUGCUGGAGGGCGCUAUGAUGGGCUGGUGGGCAUGUUUGACCCCAAAGGGCGCAAGGUGCCCUGUGUGGGGCUCAGCAUUGGAGUAGAGCGGAUCUUUUCCAUCGUGGAGCAGAGGCUGGAGGCCUUGGAGGAGAAGGUACGGACCACAGAGACACAGGUGCUUGUGGCAUCUGCACAGAAGAAGCUGCUGGAAGAGAGACUGAAGCUCGUCUCAGAGUUAUGGGAUGCUGGGAUCAAGGCAGAACUGCUCUACAAAAAGAACCCCAAGUUACUGAAUCAGCUGCAGUACUGUGAGGAGGCAGGUAUCCCACUGGUGGCCAUCAUUGGUGAACAAGAGCUCAAGGACGGGGUCAUCAAGCUGCGCUCAGUGGCCAGCAGGGAAGAGGUGGACGUCCGAAGAGAAGACCUCGUGGAGGAAAUCAAAAGGAGAACAAGCCAGCCCCUUUGCAUCUGCUGAGUUGAGCAAACUAUCAGAAGAAAGUGGGACUGACACUAUUUAAGGCUAAGAUAAGACUCUGCAUACCUACUUCAGCUUUGCACAUUUCUGUCCCAACAGGAAGACCUGAAAAGUGGUCAGAACAGAGACUUUUUUAUUUUUAUUAUGAUUAUUUUAUUUGUAAUCACAGACAAAAAUGGUCAGGUACUAUACCAUUUUCCAUAUGGCUCUGGGGGCUUAGUCCUGCCAGUGUCCCUGGGCUACAGGGACCUGGCGCAAGAUGGUCUCUUCUGCAGAGCCCUACAACCGGGUGGAGGGAACGUUCCCCACAACCAGCCUUGGAAGGUCCAAUAAAAUGCCUCAACCACUGGA